CACAUUCUUUAAAAUACUUCAUGGUAAAACAUCUCUCUAUGGCCCAAACGUCUUUGCAGGGAGCCAUUCACCAGUCUUCUUGCUUUCUUUGCAGGGCAAUGAUCCCCUCGCCCCACUUUUCACGUUGAGGGAGAAUCCUACCAGGAGGGAGAUGGCACUUUUGGCCCUAUUGGAGCUUGCCUGGAAGAACAGAUUGCAGGUGGGAACGCAAGAUUUCUGUGGCCCUGAGUUCAGAGACAACCCUCCUCUUUUUCAGGCUGGCAAUGGAGAGCAGUGCUGGGAAAGGAGACUUUGGGAGAAGAACUUGGUGGGGGAUGCCCUCUGUCCAGAGGCAAAGGGCCAGCGCUUCAGGCAUUUCCAAUACCAGGAGGCCCAGGGACCCCGGGAGCUUUGCAGCCGCCUCCACACUCUUUGCCGCCAGUGGCUGAAACCAGAAAGACACACUAAAGCAGAGAUGCUGGACUUGGUGAUCCUGGAGCAGUUCCUGAGUAUCCUGCCCCCAGAGAUGGAGAGUUGGGUCAGGGAAUGUGGGGCAGAGAACAGUUCCCAGGCAGUGGCGCUGGCUGAAGGUUUCCUCUUGAGCCAGGCAGAGGAGAGGAGGCAGGAAGAGCAGCAGAUGGCAGACUUGUUUGCAGACGAGGUCACCGCCUUGGAAAUGUCUCCUUCUCCAUCCAGCUGUAUGUUGCAGCCUGAGUGGAUCCUGCAGGACAAUGAUGAAAUGUCAGCCUCUUUAGGAGACGUUACAGAACCAAUAUAUACCAGCUCACCUCUUCAUUUUGAAGUCCUCAGCCUAGCUGAGAUGACACUGGAUCAGGCAGUCUUCAAAGAGGUGGCAGUGUAUUUCACGGAGGAGGAGUGGGCCCUACUGGAUCCGGACCAAAGGACCUUGCAUCAGGAAGUCAUGGAAGAGAAUUUGGGGACUGUGUCUUCUUUGGGAGCUGAUAGUUGGAAGCAUGUAAAAGAAGAACCAGCCAGGCCAUUGGUGGAGGGAGCCAGAUGUACAGAGAUGGAAGACAGACUCGUCACUUUCUGGACAGGGAGAGAAAUGGAAAAUGGUCAAGAAACAUCAGAACUAUCUAAAUACUUGGAAUAUGGAAAGAGUCAGGAGACAUGUCUCUCUGGCCAUCAAGCAACUUAUACUAGGGAGAAACCAUUUAAGUGCUUGGAGUGUGGAAAAUCUUUCAGCCAGAAGAUAAGUAUCGCUUGUCAUCGAGCAUUUCACACAGGAGAGAAACUCUUUACAUGUUUGGAGUGUGGGAAAAGUUUCAGUCGGAAGAGAAGCCUCACUUGUCAUCAAGCAAUUCACACUGGAGAGAAACCAUUUAAGUGCUUGCAGUGUGGAAAGAGCUUCAAUCAGAAGAUACAUCUCACCUAUCACCAAGCGACUCACACAGGAGAGAAGCCAUUUCAGUGUCUGAAAUGUGGGAAGAGUUUUAGUCGGAAAGAAUACCUUAUUUCUCAUCAAGCAAUUCAUACUGGGGAGAAGCCAUUUAAAUGCUUGGAGUGUGGAAAGAGCUUCUGUCAGAAGAAACAUCUUAAUUAUCAUCAGGCAAUCCACACUGGGGACAAGCCAUUCAAGUGCUUGGAGUGUGGAAAGACUUUCAUUCGGAAGGAACACCUCACUUCUCAUCAAAUAACUCACUCAACGGAGAAACCAUUCAAAUGCUUGGAGUGUGGCAAGAGCUUCCGUCGGAGGGAACACCUUGCCUCUCAUCAAACAAUUCACACAGGGCAGAAACCAUUUAAAUGUUUGGAGUGUGGAAGCACUUUCACGGAGAAGAGAAGCCUAACUGAUCAUCAAGCAACUCACACGGGGGAAAAGCCAUUCCACUGCUUGGAAUGUGGAAAGCGCUUCCGACGUAAGACCCACCUCACAGAACAUCAAAGAAUCCACACAGGAGAGAAACCAUUUAAAUGCUUAGAGUGUGGACGUAGUUUCAGUCUGAAGACAACCCUACUUCUUCACCAAGCAACGCACACAGGGGAAAAACCAUUUAAAUGCCUUGAAUGCGGAAAGAGUUUCUUUCGGAGGACAAGACUCACUGCUCACCAAGCUGUUCACGCUGCAGAAAAACCAUAUAAAUGCUUGGAGUGUGGGAAAAGUUUCAGUUGGAGGCAAAGUGUGAUUCGUCAUCAAAUAACUCACACAGGAGAGAAGCCAUUUACAUGCUUGGAGUGUGGGAAGAGUUUCCUUCGGAAGCCAGACCUCGCUCGUCAUCAAGCAUCUCACGCAAGGGAAAAAAUAUCGACAUGUUUGGAGUGUGGGAAGAGUUUCUGCCAGAAAAUCCGUCUCUCUUCUCGGCAGGCGACUCAUCCGGGGGAGCGAGCAUUGAAGUGCUCAGAGUGUAGAAAGAGCUGUAGUAAGAAAAGUGCCCUUGUUUUCCCUCAGACAACCCAGCUAGGGCCUGAACUUUUAUCAUAGACAAUAAUAUUUCUUUACAAUUUUUAAAGAACUAUGGGAAUUUAAAACUUCCUCUCCUAAAGCAUAAGAUGACUUAUUUUGAUAAAAUAUCAAAUAAAAAGUAACUGAAAAUACUUUAUACAGAGGACAGAAGAAGGUUUCAAGUUGUUCUUUACCAGUUAAUGAACAAUAACAGCCAAAAUUCACAAAACGGCGAUACUUUUAUUGGCUAACCAAAAUGCACAAAAUACAUGUUGGAAGCUUUCGAAGCUCCGCUGGCUUUUUCAUCAGGCAAAGAUGCUAAAAAUCAUACAGGAUUUUAAAAAAGUAUGAUGAUGUUAGUGACAAACCUGUAUUUUGUCACGAUGUUGCUGUUCUCAGUUCAGGUGUUGUUGGAGGGGCAUUCAUGCAGGCUGCCCCCUUUUCUGGCCAUGUGAAUUUUCCAGAAGAAAAUUUUAAGUUCUAUUAGCAAGACAAAAAGAGAUCCUUCUCUUGAGAUCCAAGUUGCAGUAGUAACUGGGCAACAG